AUGGGUGCGGUUCAUCUAUACCUCAUUCGCCACGGCGAAUCCGUCGACAACGUUGCGAACCUCUAUGCUGGGUCUCGCGAUGCACCUUUGACAAACCAUGGCGUCUUGCAAGCCAAGCGCCUGGGUGAACACCUAGCGGCACGAACCGCUGCAGCUCCGGCCCCCAUCACGCACGUCUUUUCGUCGAACCUGCAAAGAGCCCACCGCACUGCGAUGCUGGUAGCGCCGGUUUCCCCGACCCCCUCGCUUCCAACUGGCGAUGCCGAUGCCCUGGCAUCGUCCUGCAGUGACGUAGGGCGCACAGCCUCGAUUGUUGGGGCGAUCCCGCUGCAGCUGGCAGAGCUCCGGGAGAAACACUUUGGGACAGGCGAGGGUCAGAGGUUCGGCGCCCGUUCGUCUGGAGACAGACAAGAAGGCGCCGAAGACCACGACUCGAUGCGUGUGCGUGCGGAGCGGUUCGUGAACGAGUACCUCGCUCCCCUCUUCGCUUGUAUCGAAGGGGAGCGAGAUGAAGAGCAAGAGGGCGCCAGCAGCGAUACGGAGAGCAUCAUCAUCGUCGCCCAUGGCAUCAUCCUGGGCGUGCUGGCGAGGGUUCUCCUUUCCGCUGGCAACUUUGGAUCUCUAGUAACCGGUACGGCGGGUCAGCAGCAGCACUUUUCGUGGAGUAACACCGGCUAUCUCUUGAUUCACGUCAAGACGAUGCCACUGGCAGUUGAUGCGAAAGAGUCUGCUACUGGUUCGCGGGGCGGCACGCUGGACGCCAAAUGGCCCCACCUCAACCUUGAAAUUGUGGAAGUCAACUGCACCGAUCACCUUCGCGGGUUGAAAAAGACGCGCGGAGGGAUUGGGAGCGCAAAGUUUGACGAGAAGCAGAAGACGCUCAGCGCGUUCUUCAAACCAACUGCAUCCAAACGGAAGCACGAGGACAGCUGA